AUGGUUGUUGCCCUUCUGUCUUGUCCAUUCCCAUUCAGUAGUGUUGUAGUUUUUGUAACUCUGUGGGUGAAAGAAGGGGGGGGAGCAUCACACCAAAACCCUCCUCUCUCUUUCUCUCUUUGCUCAGGUUGCAGAGGAGGUGGAAUGAGGGCUGCCGAGGGUGAUCACGUGGCGGAAGGCGCUGAGAACACUACCGCCACAUCGCCCGGUCCCGGUUCAGUGCGGGAAUCGAGCAAAAGCCCAAAGUCGCGGUCGAGAUGUCAUUCCCCUCGAAAUGGAAGAAGGGGCGACAGGAGCAAGCGCGGUUCAGUACAACAUACACCUCCUAGGAAUUCGGUCCGUGAUCCGAGUGCCAUUCCUAAGCAGUUGGACAUUGAUGCCAUGCAGGUUGCCAUUGCCACUUCCCUACCGCGCCGGCUUGACCAGUUCUGUGAUGAAUUCCACAGUAUUCCUUUCGUUAUACGUAAUGAAACCUUCCCCGUGCCGGAUUCUUUGAAGCGUAACUCAUGGAUUCCUGGGGAGGUGCUGCGAGUGGCGUACAUUACCUGGAACAUGGCGCACGCAAAACCAGACUUUUACAGGGUGUCAAAAUAUUGCAUUUGUCCCAACGCCCAUCUUGUGGUUGUGUGCACGCAGGAAAACGGUUGUAACUGGUACGCCAAGAAAAAACAGCAGCGACAAUGGAGAGAUCAUAUCACGCAGGCUUGCCUCAAGAAUUCGUAUGAACUAGUGGGGUGCAACUCACUCUGGUACAUUCACAUGCUGGUCUACGCUAGAAAGCACGAUGUAGCCCCCCAUGUGGGGCAUGUGGAAAAAGCGAAAGUGCGAACCGGAAUUGGCAAUGGUUUAGGCGGAAACAAAGGUGGCGUGGGCAUUGCCCUGUCCAUUUCAACAGAAUGUAGGUUUAAUGCGUUGAGUGAUCCUCGCGGCCAUAGAAGGGGUGCGCGGGCAUCAAAACAGCAGCGCCAAGACAUUUCUUGCUCUCAUAUGAACCCAAUAGAGUGCGGUGGUGGUGAUGAUUCUUUACACAGUGCAUUACCUCAGCCAGCACGUUUCACGAUCUUAUUUGUUGGCGCUCAUCUUGCUGCCCAUCAGGAUGCAGUUGGUCUACGAAAUAGAGACUACCGGAACAUUGUCAAGAUGUUGCAUGUGGGACUUCGUGGGAAGUUUAAAGAGUUUCACGCAAGCAUCCGGAGGAGUAGAGCUCUCGCGUGCUGCCCUCUGGACACCGAAAGCGCAAGGGGGUUAAACAUCACGGAAGAUCAGGCCACGCGCCAAAAUGCUGUUUGCUCCAAUGGCGGCUGUAAAGCAAUGAAUGGCUCAGCUGCUGUGUCUAACGAACGUGAUGAAGACGAUGGAGGCCCAGUUGGUAUAAUGAAACUUCCUUUUUGUAUGAAGAAUCAACCGCAAGAAGAGCGUCGAGAUGCGACGGAUGAGUUUGACCUUGUCUUCUUUGGAGGUGACCUGAAUUACCGUCUCGACGGUACAUCAAAGGCGAUCCGGGAUAUAAUUGAUAAUAAGAAGAAUGUUCGAUCCGUACUUUGUAACAACGACCAGCUCAAUCGAGAAAGAGCGAAGGGUGAAGUAUUUAGGGGGUUUAAGGAGGGCAAUCUCUUCUUCCGCCCAACUUACAAGUACGAGUUGAGGAGUAGAAAUUACAGUACUACUGAUAAGCGCAUACCGGCCUACUGUGACCGCGUUUUGUUCAAGAAGCCAGCUCAAUCGUGUGUUGGAAAGGUAAGAAUACGACUCUACACAGACGUCCAGGCGGUGCAAACAAGUGAUCAUCGCCCGGUAGUUGCAAUUUUUGACGUUGCAACAAUUCCAAGCAACAAAUAA